UCUACCUACGCAUUUAUUUAUUUAUUUAUUUAUACUGAGCUUUGUAUAUACACUACUAAGUACUUCAACUUGAAUCCCACAAAUCCCUGAGCCUGAAGAGAAAAGGGCCUUGAGAAACAGAACCAAAUCCUUUCCUUAACCUUUACGCCUUGCAUUACUUCACUCUCUCACUCUCUCUCUCUUUCCAUGCAUUGAAAAAGCUCCACUCACACUCUCUCUUUAAAACCUCUUCGUCUCACUUUUUUCUUCUCAUACAAAGAAACUGUUUUGUAUUUUGGUUUCUUGGGAUUUUGUAAACAUGGGUUCAUCAUGUAAAGAACAAGAGUCGAAGAAAUGUGUUUUUUGGGUUCAAGGACCGAUUCUGGUUGGAGCUGGGCCAUCUGGUCUAGCAGUUUCGGCAUGUCUAGCUCGUCAAGGAGUACCCUGUUUGGUUCUCGAGAAAAGUGACUGUAUAGCUUCACUUUGGCAACAAAGAACUUACGAUCGUCUCAAACUUCAUCUUCCAAAACAGUUUUGUCAGCUUCCUUUCAUGGAUUUCCCUGAAGAUUUUCCAAAGUACCCAACUAAACACCAGUUCAUCUCUUACAUGGAGUCUUACGCUUCACACUUCUCAAUCAAACCCCGCUUCAACCAAGCCGUUCAAAAUGCCCAAUUCGAUUCGGGUUCGGGGCUUUGGCGGGUAAAGACCCAAGUAGCCGACUACAUUUCUCGGUGGCUGAUUGUAGCCACCGGCGAAAAUGCGGAGCCAGCUAUACCAGAAAUUUUGGGGCUGGACAAAUUUCAGGGGCCGGUUGUCCACACCAGUGGGUAUAAGUCCGGUAGUGAGUUUAGAAACCAGAAGGUGUUGGUGAUUGGUUGUGGUAAUUCCGGUAUGGAAGUUAGUUUGGACCUUUGUAGACACAAUGCAGCUCCUCAUAUGGUCGUUAGAAACACCGUCCAUGUUCUGCCUAGAGAAAUACUUGGGUUCUCAACUUUCGGAAUAGCAAUGGCACUACUGAAAUGGCUACCACUGAAGGUAGUUGACAAGAUCCUUCUCUUGGCUUCCAGUUUGACCCUUGGUAACACUGAACAAUUGGGUCUUCGAAGGCCUAAAACCGGCCCAAUUGAACUCAAGAACGCUACUGGUAAAACUCCCGUUCUAGAUGUCGGAGCCUUAUCCCAAAUUAGAUCCGGAAAAAUCAAGAUUACGGAAACUGUGAAGGAGAUAACGAGAAAUGGAGCUAAAUUUAUGGAUGGACAAGAGAAAGAGUUUGAUUCUAUAAUAUUGGCAACUGGGUACAAAAGUAACGUUCCUACUUGGCUGAAGAGUUGUGAUUUUUUCACAAAAGAUGGUAUGCCGAGAAGGGAGUUUCCUGAGGGGUGGAAGGGAGAGAAUGGGCUUUACACAGUUGGGUUCACAAGAAGAGGUCUUCUGGGAACAGCUUCUGAUGCCCAUAAAAUAGCCAAACAUAUUUCUGACCAGUGGAGGAUUAUGAAUAAAGAAACCAACACUUGUUCCUCUAAUAAUUCUUCACAUAUCAUCCUACUUCAAAAAUCAUUACUCCAUCCCUAAAUUCAAAUUGUAGAAACAAAAAAAGGAAAACUAAUAAUAAAAAAAAAAAAGACACUAUGUUUAGCUAGAAUUGUACUUCACAUUUUUCUUCUUCUUUCUUUAGUGGAAUUCAUGUAAAUAUUCUAUAUAUAUAUAUAACAAUUUUGGAUGUUUGAUUUUCUCUUGCUCCUUGUGCUCUUGUAUUGUAUGUUAUUUCAUCGCUUAUUUUAAAUGAAAUUUCAGUAAUUGACUUCA